AUACUCACGCUAUUUUCCUAACCCACACUAAUAUUCAUUACUAUGUCUGACGACGAUAUCCCUUGCCUUCCCCGCCGCAACCGCAAGAACGACGAUCCAAAAGUUAUCGGUCUCUGGAAGAUUGGCAGGACCAUCGGCCAAGGAGCUUCAGGUCGAGUCCGUAUAGCGCGCCAUGGACGUACAGGCAAGUACGCGGCGGUCAAGAUCAUCUCCAAGGUCGACCUCGUCAACUCUCGCUCUCCCAUCGACAUAAGCAUGGAAGAAGAAGCCGACAGAGUCCUGCUCUCCAUCGAACGUGAAAUCGUCAUCAUGAAACUCAUCGACCAUCCUAACAUCAUGCACCUCUACGACGUCUGGGAAACCUCCACCGACCUUUACCUCAUCCUCGAAUACGUCGAAGGCGGCGAGGUCUUCGAGUUCCUCGAGCGCAACGGCCGUCUCUCCACCACAGAAGCCCUCAACUAUUUCCAGCAGAUCAUCGCCGCUAUCGAGUACUGCCAUAAGUUCAACAUCGCGCACAGGGACCUUAAACCAGAGAACCUCUUGUUGGACAAAGACGGGAACAUCAAGGUCGCCGACUUCGGGAUGGCUACGUGGCAAAAAUCGAGCGCGAACGGGCUGCUCCAGACGGCGUGCGGGAGCCCCCAUUACGCUGCGCCGGAGGUCAUCCGCGGUGAAGGCUACGACGGGUCGAUCGCGGAUAUCUGGUCCUGCGGCGUCAUCCUGUUCGCGCUUCUGGCCGCUCGACUCCCUUUCGACGACGACGACGUGCCCACGCUCCUCGAGAAGGUCAGUUCUGGCAGGUUCACGUUCCCGGCUUCGAUGGACGCUCGUGCCAAGGACCUGAUCACUAGGAUGCUGGAAAGGAAUCCGAUGAGGAGGAUCACGGUGCCCGAGAUCAUGAAGCACUCGUUCUAUACCAUGCAAAAGGCCAAGAACGUCCCUCCCAUUUCUCCUAAGCUUGAGGAGAUCGCCAGACCUCUAUCGAGCAAGGCCGCCAUUGAUCCAGAUAUCUUCGGGAACCUACGGACGUUGUGGCACGGGACGUCGGACGACGCUAUCAUGGAGAAGCUGCUGAACUCGGAGAGGACCUGGGAGAAGGGCGUGUACCAUCUUCUUGUCCAGUAUCGUGCGAAGCGCUUGGAGGACUACGACGAGAAAGCAGAGGAGAUGGUUCGUCGGGCAUCGAAGAGACGCUCAAAGAAAAGAGCGAACACAUCGUCCUCAGAUCGUCGUAACAGGCGGGAUAUCCCCCCUCGGUGCGAUCCACCUACUCCUCAACGUGCCCGUGCAGGGGAACGACUACAGAGGGUUCCGGAGUCCGUGUCGGACGAGAGUGUCACGCAUUCGCCAGCUCGGUUCCUCGCUCCGAACGGAUACCGUAAAAAUCCUGAACGGGUCAUGGCCAUCGAUAUGGACGACGAUAGAACGCCUACAUCGGCUGGAUUCUCCGUCACGACCCCUCGCGGGUUCUACUCUCCCCUCCCAGGGUUCGGCCAAUCCUUCGAACCAUCGCCUCUCACUCCAAACUUCCCCCUCACUCCUGUCGAUCCUCUGAUGCCCUCACCUCAUGUGAAUAUUGACUCCGACAGUCCUAUGUCACCUCUGGCUCCGACCUCGCCUAUCUGGUCAGCCCUGAAUAUGUCUCCGCCACCGGCGGACGUACCUCAUAUGCAGGACGAGAAGGUUCAGCACUUCUUCAAGCAGAUCAUGGAUCAGUUCAACGUGAUGCAGGCUGCGUCGGGAAACUCCCCCGCUGGGGCAAUGUCACCGCAGCUCGUACUCUCUCCUCCCCAGCCGAGCCAUAAAUUCAUCCACACGAUCCACACGCGAGAGGCCGCGUCCCACGGAGACGAGAACGACGAGAACGAGAACCCAUCGGAGAUCAGACCGCUGAACACACGUCGGUCACGCCCCGCUCCACUGUCCAUCUACGAAGACAAAGCGAGCUCUUCCCACUUCAUCCUCGACUUUGAAGAUGACGACGUUCAUGCGACCGAAGACAUGGAACCGAGGGCCGCCCUCAGCGAGAAACGCAUCCAGAUCGUCGAGCCAAAAGGAAAACUGAGACGCCGAAAGACCAUCUCCGCGCUCGAGGUCUCAUCCGAUUCGUCCCAACCCACCACGGCUCCACCACUCUCACCCGCCUGGUUCGGUAACCUCUUCAAGCUGAAGCCAGCAGUGUAUGCUCUGCAAUCCAUCCACGACGCCGACGUCACUCGCGAAGAAUGCAGGAGGCUUCUUAGUGUUAUGGGUGUGCGUGCUGUGCUUCAUAGUCAGGGACUCGGGGUGUUGAAGUGCAAGAUGGAUGAGUUUGCGGAUCCGGCGGGUGCGAUGAGUGUUAUGAAGGCUGUCAGGUUUAGGGUCGAGGUUCGGAGAGCUGAUUCGGCACAGACGGCGGCGGGGGUUGUGACGGUGUUGCAGUUGGUGCAGGAGAAGGGGGCAUUGUCGACUUUCAAGUUGAUAUAUGGGAGGUUGAAGAGGGAGUGGUGUCUGGAUACGGAGAAGCAGGGCUUAAGGGGUCAGGAGAUGGGUGGGGUGGAGAGUGGCAGAAUUUCAGACUUUGGAGGCAGUGAGAUUGAGAUCCGGUGAGUUGUUGAGGUGGAGAGGUUCGGAAGUUCGACGUCACGACAUACCAACAUACAAUUUCACUAUAUCUUUCAGCGUAUGUGUAUCAGCAGUGUAUCAGCAGUAGCAGAGUCGUACAACCUAUAGAGUACAUGUCACCAGACGAUCGCAUAAUAAUACAGACUACUAGACUUCGUCCAUUGCCAUGAUCGUGCUGGGCUCGAGCAGUGCAGGUGCUUCAGAAUCGUCCAUAGUUUCGUCCUCGCCUGCGGGUGUGCGGGAGGGAUCUUGGAGUAAGAGGUGUUUUCCCGGUCUUGAGAGGACAACGACUUCGGGUUUUAUGUUGGUUAUGCGGAUGAAUCGAAGCAUUUGGAUGUAUGCGAAUUCGAUCUGAUCCCAUUGUCGGAAGAGAGCGACGUUUGCGGGGUGGGUCAAGUCAAGCACCUCCAUCCCUGUCCGAUACUCUUCUGCCUCACUGCGCUUGAUUUCCUCUAGCUUCUGCUCCUUCACACUCUUCGGCCGACCUUUCCGCCUCGCUGCUCUCUCCUCUUCGAGCUCUGCAUCAUGUCUCGUCAUCCAGAGAUCUCUCACGAGACUGUGUAGCUCGUCGAGAGUCAGGACUCCCUCGUCUGGCAGUGAGUGGUAGAAGAAGCCAAACAUGUCGACUUUGGAGGCAUGUUUCUUGGAUCGCUUGGAAGCCUGACCGGCAAGUUUUUGGUUACGGAGCUGAGUCCGUUGGAGUUGUCCUGCUUUUCGGGAUUGGGGGUGAAAGACCUUCUCUUUCUUUCCUUUUUUCUCUUUCGUCCCGGUUUUCGGGUUAUGUGAUGGAGCCAUAGUAGUCGUCCCGGGAUGUGUAGUCGAUAAGAGCGACAAAAUCUGGGCAGGAGGAGACAAGCUUAAGGUUCGAAUAGUGCACCUGGGCGAUGCUCCCCACCCCGGCACCCACUUCCCCUCCACAUUCUCCGAGGUUCACUCAGUCACAGCAGCCUCCAUCCUCAGAACCUGGAGACCCGAUUGAAGACAUCCUCGAGCCUAUUGACGACAUACAAUACCCUCCUCCUCCAGAGAAUAACGGAAGCGCUCCCUUUGGCGCUCUUGUUGGUCUAUUUGAGAAACUACAGAACGAGCGCAAGCACGAGAGGAGGCGGAGACUCUUGAAUGCUUGGUUUGACCACUGGAGAGAGAAAGUCGGACCGGAUUUGUAUCCUGUGUUGAGGCUUAUAUUACCACAGAAAGACAGAGAACGCGCGCUCUACGGCUUGAAAGAGAAGAAUCUGGCAAGGCUGUAUAUCAAGGCUAUCCCACUUGAACCGAAGCAUCCGGAAGCCAUCAGGCUGCUGAACUGGAAGAGGCCGUCUGAAGCUGAUAAAACAUCGGGCGACUUCCCACUCGUGUUGUAUGAUGUCGUGAGCAAGCGGUCUUCUGUCAUUGAAGGCUCCUUGACUAUUGAAGACAUCAAUAACAUUCUCGAUGAACUGUCAACCAACAUUGGCAAAUCAGAUAUUCAGUCGAGGAUUAUUCAGAGAGUAUAUAAUCGCUCGACCCCUGAAGAGCAGCGUUGGCUAGUGCGAAUCAUUUUGAAGGAUCUACAUGUUGCCGUGAAAGAGACCACCGUGUUUUCAAUCUUUCAUCCCGACGCUCAUGACCUAUACAACACUUGCUCUGACCUCAAGAAAGUGGCAUGGGAGCUCUGGGACACGAAGAAGCGGCUCAACGCAGAGGACAAAGAAAUACAAUUGUUCCGACCGUUCACUCCGAUGCUCUGCAAACGACCUACUGGCAAGAUCGAAGAGUCUGUCAAAGAGAUGGGAGGCCGUGCAUUCAUACUGGAAGAAAAGCUCGAUGGAGAGAGGAUGCAGCUACACAAACGCGGAAAUGAGUUCUUCUAUUGCUCUCGGAAAGGCAAAGAUUAUACUUACCUGUAUGGGAAACAUGUUGCAGCAGGUAGUCUUACUCCGCACAUUGCUGGAGCAUUCGACCCACGGGUUGAGGAUAUCAUCCUCGACGGUGAGAUGUUGGUCUGGGAUCCCGUAUCGGAACGUAACCUGCCCUUCGGAACUUUGAAGACUGCCGCUCUGAAUAAAUCCAAGGAACGACUCAACCCUCGCCCAUGCUUCAAGGUCUUCGAUCUUCUCUACCUAAACGGCCAAUCCCUUAUCACCAAAUCCACAAGGUUCCGCAAAAAGAACCUCCGCGCCUGUGUCACGCCCAUCAAAGGCCACAUUGAGUUCGUAGACGAGUUUAUCAUUAAGACGGCGAAGGAGGUACGGGAGAAGAUGGAGGAGGUUAUGAACGAUAGAGGGGAAGGACUUGUCAUGAAACAUCCGGAUUCGGAGUAUGUGUUGAAUGGGAGGAACAAGGAUUGGAUCAAGGUCAAGCCAGAGUAUAUGGAUAAUAUGGGCGAGACAGUAGAUGUUCUUGUCAUCGGUGGCAAAUACGGCUCUGGCAGACGUGCUGGAGGCGUCUCAUCCAUCCUCUGCGGUGUUCUGGACGACCGCUACAAAGAAGGAGAGCCGAAGUACAGCACUUUUGUGCGUGUAGGCGCCGGGUUCUCGUACACCGAUUAUCUAUGGAUACGAGACAAGCCUUGGAAAGAGUACGACCCGAACAACCCGCCUGCGUUCUUGCAAGUAGCGAAGUCGAAAACGUUGGAGGACAAGCCGGAGCUGUAUUUAGAACCGGAACACUCGUUCAUCAUCAAGGUCAAAGCCGCAGAAAUCACCCCUACAGAUGCAUACCACAUAGGCUACACCAUGCGAUUCCCGAGGGCUUUGGGUAUCCGCGACGAUCUUACAGUUGCAGACUGUGUUACUGCUACUGCGUUGUUCGACAGUGUGAGAUCUGAACGGAAGCGGAAGCGGGAAGAGGAGAUGUUGGGGAAACCGAAGAAGAAGAGAGUGAAAGUGGCGAAGAAGCCGUUGAUCUUGCAGGAAUACAAAGGAUCAACUGAUCUGAAGGACGUGCAAGUCGAGUCUGAUUUAUUCGAGGGAAUGGCUUUCGCCGUCGUCUCGGAUCCCAAGUCGAGGACGCAGGACGAGGACAAGAAGAACAUCCUCAAGCUGAUUCGCGCAAACGGUGGCAAGAUCGUACAAGUCGCGAAAAAUCAGCCGGGCCUUCUGGUCGUUUAUGAUGGUACAACGACGCCAUACGAUAUCAAAGCGAUCAUGAAGAAAGACUUCCACGAUAUCAUACGCUCGAAGUGGAUUCACGAAUGUAUCGCGGCGGGAUCGAGGUAUAGCGUCCCUCUAACUAAGAAGUAUUUCUUCCACGCCACCUCCAUUCGACAAGAGCAGCCCGGAUUCGACGAAGACGCAGCUGGGAGUGAAACGGAACCCGAAGACGAUGACGACGAAAGGCCUUCUGUUUCUGUCACCCCUGCCCCUGCAUCUACGUUGGGAAAAGAGCAGACUCAAGACGCGGAUGAGGACAAGACGGAAGACGAGGACGAAGAGGAGACGGACCCUUGGUUUGUUAUUAAGCCGGAGAACUCGCAGCGUGCUAGUGUGGGGGAUGAGGGUGAUGAGGGUGAGGGGACGGAUCCGGAGUCGGAAGGGGACGAUGUUGUUGAUGACAUUGCGGAUGGUGAUAGGACUGAAGAUGAGGAUGAGAAUGGGGGCGUGGGUUGGGGGGGUGAGGAUGGGGAUAGGACUGAAGACGAGGAUGGGGAUGAGUGGGUGAAUCUGUCUGCGAAAGAGGGGGAUGAGAAGGGCAAAGGAAAGAUGGAGGCGAGGGAUGGUCUUGUCGAACAUGAAGACGACCCAAAGGCCGAAGACGUGAAGAUGGGCGAGGACGACUCGGCGAUGGAAUACGACACGGAGCGAAUAUUCACGCAUCUCCGCUUCUACCUCGACACACACGCCAACGCGCGUAAACACAACCUAUCCGUGCCCGUCGCCCAAUCCAAAAACGAAGACAUCAUCUCGCAGAGCUUCGACAAACUCUCGAAAUUGAUCACCGACAACGGAGGCCGAAUCAGCACGGACAUCGACGAUCCGAAACUGACGCAUGUGCUCGUCGAUAAGCGGGAUACGAGUCGGCGGAGGGAGAUCGGUGCGCGGACGGCGAAGCCGAAACGAAGGAACGUCGUGCUGUCGAGUUUUAUCGAGGAUUGUCUGGAGGAAGAGACGUUGUUGGAUGAGGCGGGUUAUAUGCCUUGAUUUAUUGGAGCGGACAUGGAUGGAUGGUGUGGCGAGCGUGUGGCGUGGGAAUAUUAACGUAAGUUAGGAUUCGAAAGUCCCUCGAAGUCAGAAAGUACAGAAGUGUACAUUGUUGCUGUCGUGAUCGUACCGUUGCCGUUCUCGUAUCGCUGCUUGAUACAAUGAUAGGGCUGACCGUAUGAGAAAUAGUGUUUUGUG